AUGGUAUCUUCGACGUCAAAGCGCUCCAGUGGUGCUCAGAGCCGUUCAGCGUCUCGUAAUGCUGCUCGACUAAUAUCGAAUUCGAGUGAAACUUCAAAAUCCUCAUCUCUGCUGAAGACUAAUGGCCACAAGAGACGGCGUAUAGCAUGGCAGGAUUCUAAAGAAGAACGCUUAGCCGAAAUAAGUGCGGAAAUUAGCCUCGCCGUCAACGAAUUGUUCCAGUUGAAAGAAUACACAUCCAUCGCGUACUGGAAUCCAGCGGAUUUCUCCCAUACUAGCAAUGCGGUCACCCCACAACUCUACGAUGACUUUGUCAAGAACCCCGAAUACCAGCUCAAAUGGCCUAGCAACAUGACUCCUCCUGAUUUGGACAGCAUUCCUUUACGACAGCAGAAACGAGCGAUGGCGGAAUACGAACAAAAAUUGUACGAAAAGUUUCCCUUCAAGGAGAAAGUGGAGCAACGGAGCAAGGAAAUAGAGACGGAAUAUUUGAAUCUCAUAGAGGAUCAUACACAAGAUAAAAAACCCAUUCCUGAACUGAAACCAAAACCUAAAAAGAAGCAGAUCAUGCGAGAAAGUUCAGUUUCUGCCUCUGCUUCUCCAGCUAUGUCUCCUUUCACAUCGGAUUUAGACGACCUAAGCAUGCCCAGUGAUACAGAGUACGACACCCAUUACCAAGUCAGCAAAGUGAAAUGCACCAUUCCACCACCACUAAUCACCCACCCUUCCCAUAUACCCAAAUGGAGACCAGUAGUGUCUCAAAAUGAACUUUCGGAGCAAAAAGAACAUACAGUCGAAAGCUAUUCCCCUGAACCCAUACAAGUAAUUUCAACGGCUGAGGACAAGUAUAUUGCGCCACUGGUGGAAGAAAAGCUCCGCACAUUUAUGACCUCAAAGUUUAAAGCAGCUAUUAUCGAUGAGAAUACAACACCGGACUACAGCUAUACUCCAGAAGAGUAUGCAGCAACUUUGGAUGAACAGAAAGAGCUCAUGGCGAAAUUGCGUCACAAAAUAUAUGAUGAAAAGCGACUCGAAUUGAAUGGCGACAAAAUCGAGCCUAGAAAAACCGUGUUCAAGCAAUCGACAACUAAAACCAUGGAUCCUUUUAGGGCCCACGGUGUAGUCGCACCCAAAGUACAGGGCCUAGAAAACAAUGCCACCUACCUUGACUACUUGGUUAGCCAAGGAAUGGCAUACUCCAGACUCCAUCAGCAUGUUAGGAAACAGCGCCAGAAUAGAGCCAGAAGAGUAGCACAACUAAUAGAGCAGCACUUCAAAAAGAAGAGUGGUGAAAAGGAACGUUUGCAACGAGAACAAGAACAAAACUUGAAGAAAAUGAGCCGUAUAGCCAUCCAGGCGGUCAAAAAGAGAUGGACUCAAGCACAUAAGGUAUAUCGUUAUCUCCAAGAGGAAAAGGAAGAGGAAUUGAAAAAGAUUCAAGGACGCCAACAUUUGAGUGAAAUGUUAGAACAUUCUACACAAUUGCUUGAAGCGCAAUUGAACAGGACACUGGAAAGUGCUAAUGAGCAACCAUCGGGGGAUUCUGACUCUAGCUCGCAUUCUUCUGAUAUGGAUCAUCGAAUGAGUUCUAGCUCUGACUCAGAAGGUGUUCUGGGAGAUGAAGACCAACUUGAUAUGGACCUUACUGUGGAACAGUUGAAAGAAAAAUACGCCAGAAUUGAACUGUCAAUGAGUCCUUCGAUUGAUAAGCUGCCCCAAGUCGAUUCUGACGAUGAGGACGAUGAUAAACAAUUUAAUUCCAGCCAAGGAUUGGCUGCGUUGUAUGAUGGAGAGGUGAGGCAAGAUGAUGUUAAACAAGAACUCGAGUACUCUCAGGAACAAAAAGACCUUAUCGAGAAGAUGAAAACUGAAUCUGUUGAUCCGGCGUUGGAAUCUGACGAAACAUCGGAUUCUGAUUCCAUUUCUGACCUGUCUGAUCUGGAAACUGAUGCUUCCGAUUCUGAAGAGAAUGGAAACGUGAACGGCUCCAAUCCUGGACUAGCAGCAUUAUUCGGUAAUACAGAGGAUGUAUCAGAAGACGGCAGUGUUGUUGAAUCAGAUAUAGCAAGUGAUAGUGAUGUGGAAAUGUCGGACGAAGAGGAAAAUGGUCAAGCUUCCAAAGAGACGAAAGACGAGCAACAGGAAAAACUCAAAGAGAUAAAAAAAGAUGAAGGAGCUGUUGAAGAAGUCAAUGGUUCCAAGGUGCGAGAUGUUCCCGUGCCAUCAUUGUUGAGAGGAAACUUGAGACCAUACCAAAAGCAGGGCUUGAAUUGGCUUGCGAGUUUGUACAACAAUAACACCAAUGGUAUCUUGGCAGAUGAGAUGGGACUUGGAAAAACCAUCCAAACGAUAUCAUUACUAGCAUAUUUGGCCUGUGAACAUCAUAUUUGGGGCCCUCACUUGAUCGUUGUUCCUACUUCUGUCAUGCUCAAUUGGGAGAUGGAGUUCAAAAAAUUUGCUCCUGGGUUCAAAGUGUUAACUUAUUAUGGUACACCACAAGAGCGAGCUCGGAAAAGAAAAGGUUGGAAUAAGCCUGAUACUUUCCAUGUUUGUAUCACUUCGUACCAAUUGGUCGUUCAUGAUCACCUGUCGUUUAAGCGAAGAAGAUGGAGAUAUAUGAUUCUUGAUGAAGCUCACAAUAUUAAGAAUUUCAGAUCAACUCGUUGGAAGGCACUCCUUAACUUCAACACAGAGAAUCGUUUGUUGCUUACAGGUACUCCGCUUCAAAACAACUUGAUUGAAUUAUGGUCUUUAUUAUACUUUCUUAUGCCGUCUUCAAAAGUCGAUCAAGCGAUGCCAGAUGGUUUUGCCAAUUUGGAAGAUUUCCAAACCUGGUUUGGAAAGCCGGUUGAUAAGAUUAUGGAGCAGACUGCUCCGGCUAGUGGUGGGGACAUAAUGGACGAAAAUGUUACCCUGAAAAUGGAUAGUGAGACAAGAAAUACUGUUGCACGUUUACAUCAGGUCUUGCGUCCGUAUUUGCUUCGGCGGUUGAAGAAGGACGUUGAAAAGCAAAUGCCGGGGAAGUACGAACACAUCAUUUAUUGUCGAUUGUCUAAUCGUCAACGUUACUUGUAUGAUGACUUUAUGUCUCGAGCAAAGACAAAAGAAACAUUAGCAUCAGGUAAUUUUUUGUCUAUCAUCAACUGUUUGAUGCAAUUGAGAAAAGGUGUGUAA